GGUCAAUACACACACACACAGUGACACACAGGAAGCAGUAAGAAUGGGCGUGUAGUCCUGUAUUACAGUGUGCGUGUCUCCAUGUCAGUUAGACUGCAAUGAUUUCUAACAUUCCUCUAUACCUCCUUUAUUUUUAACUCAGACUCUGAUCAGAGCCUUGUGCAGUGCGAUGGCGGGGAACGUGCGCUCCUGGACGGUGAAGCAGGUGGGCCGCUGGCUGCGUGAUGAGGGUUUCAGCGACUACGUGGAGCUGCUGUGUAAUAAACACCGCCUGGACGGCACCAGCCUCCUCACGCUGACCGAGUUUGACCUGCGCUCGCCGCCGCUCGAGCUCAAAGUCCUCGGAGACAUCAAGAGGCUCAUGCUGUGUGUGCGCAAGCUGCAGAAACAAAACGCCGACGUGCUGGAGGAGCUUGGCUUCGCUCCCGACACACACUCACCACAGGGGGGCGCUGGGGUGGAGUGGCUGUGUAACGGGGACCCGGUGCGGGAGCGGGACCGGGACUGCGUGAGCGAUGUUCUCGGAGGUGAACAGUUCUCCUACAGUAACGGGAAGCAGAAGCAGCAGAACCGGCGCCUGGACCCGGAGUACUGGAAAACAGCACUCAGCUCCGUCUACGUCACGCUCGUCUUCGGCUUCACCUCCUUCGUCAUGGUGAUCGUUCACGAGCGCGUACCCGACAUGCGCACCUACCCUCCACUGCCCGACAUCUUCCUCGACAGUGUACCCAGAAUCCCCUGGGCCUUCGCCAUGGCCGAGGCAUGUGGAGUCAUCCUGUGUAGCAUCUGGUUAAUCGUACUGCUGCUACACAAACACAGGUCUAUCUUGGUGAGGAGGUUGUGUAGUCUGAUGGGAACAGUGUUCAUGCUGCGCUGUAUCACUAUGUUCGUCACCUCGCUCUCAGUACCUGGACAACACCUGCAGUGUACCGGCAAGGUGUACGGUGAUAUGUGGGCGAAGCUGCAGAGGGCGGUGGCGAUAUGGAGUGGAUUUGGGAUGACUCUGACUGGAGUUCACACCUGUGGUGAUUAUAUGUUCAGUGGACACACUGUGGUCCUCACCAUGCUCAACUUCUUCGUCACUGAGUACACGCCCCGAAGCUGGAACUUCAUCCACACUCUGUCGUGGGUGUUGAACCUGUUCGGGAUCUUCUUCAUCCUGGCGGCUCACGAGCAUUACUCCAUUGACGUCUUCAUCGCCUUCUACAUCACCACGCGUCUCUUCCUGUAUUACCACACCCUCGCUAACACACGCGCCUACCAGCACAGCCGCCGCGCCCGCAUCUGGUUCCCCAUGUUCUCCUUCUUCGAGUGCAAUGUCAACGGUCCCGUCCCCAACGAGUACUGCUGGCCCUUUUCCAGACCCACCCUGCUCAGGAGACUCAUCCGAUAACACUCUCUCUCUCUCUCUCUCUCUCUCUCUCUCCCCCCCCCCUCACACACACACACACACACACACACACACACACACACUCACUCACUCACUCACUCACUCACUGAUGAUGUACAUAAAAGACCCUGAAAAUGUUUACACCGUAUUCACUAUCUAGACUGCAUAAUCACCAUUGUCAGUACACUGUCGGUGCGUCUCAAACCACACCCACCCUAUUCACUAUCUAAUCCACUGAAUCACUACAGUGUGGGUGUGUUCUAUAAAGCACGUACUUGUAAAGUCAACAUCUUCAGAUUGUGCUGCAUGACAUGAGAUUUUUUUUGCAGAUUGCUCAGGAUUAAAGGUGCAAUAAGAAUAAUUAUCCACAACAUUAAAGCUGUGCUCAGUAGAUCUACAUGUUAAUACAUAAAACGUUAUGAAUUUAUGGUAACAAACUAAAAUGAUACAUGACCCAAAAAAACACCCCCCAAAAGUGUAACUGUAGUUUAAAGGAGCUUUAAAUGAAGAAUUCAGGCAGCAGCUGAAAUUUUGUACUUUGAUACGACAGCUGUGUUGAAUUCUAGAGAUCUAUCGAACACUUAUAGACAGAGUCUCCAAGUGUUCCGACGUCUUCAGGACAGAGGGGUUUCUGACGUGCCGUUCUUUUAAUAAAUAAAAAUGUCUAACAGUUGCUACGGUAGUAAUGCGAUGAAUAAAACACUUCGAGGCAUGCUGUUCGAGGAAAAUAAUCACAUCGGGGCGCUAACGGUAACUCCGCGGCGUCUGGUCGCAUCUCGGAUUAAUUUCCUGUGACCGCGUGGCGUCACUUGCUUUAUAACUUACGUGAUAAAUAUAGAAAAAAAAUAUUUCCAAAUCAAAUACAAAGUUUGGGAUUUUUUUAUGAGCGUAAAAAAAUGCUUCGAGUAAUCGCUAUAAAAACUGCAUUAAAACUCUAAGGGUCAUAUUUAUUACUUUGAAAUAUAAAACGAAUGAACAGAAUUUUAUGUUGUAACGGUUAUUUUCCCGUCUCUGGGCCGCAGUUUACAUGUAAACAAUGUUACUGAUUGCACCUUUAAUAUCAGCUGUAACUCGCAGUGAGAGUUCAGCUGCAGCUCUCUAAUGUAAAUGUGUGUAAAUAAGAACAAACUUUCAAAAGCAAUAUGAAACAACGCUUCCUCGACUAGUUUACACUCACACUCUUGGCUGAGGUUCAUUAUUAUUAUUAUUAUUAUUAUUAUUAUUAUUAUUGCCUUGUGUCACAUGUACGAAGAAAAAAAACUUUCAUUUUUUUCCCCCGUUUCAAAACAAAUGUUUAUUUUUUCUGGGCCACUAAAAUAGUAAACGAAUACGUUUUUUCCUUAUAGAUUUACAAAGAAUUAAAUAGUGACUUGAAAGUGAAUGAAUUUUUGCAUUAAUUUAAAUCAUUUCCAGAAGGUUUCAGCGUGAACGGAGUCUGAAAACUGAAUCUGAAACCAUGAAAAAUGAACAAAGGAGAAAUACGAGCGCUUGUUUGGGUUUUUUUUAUUUGUGGUUUUAGAGCUAAAACUGUAGAGUUUUUAAUUCUUAAAAAAUGUUACAUGUAUGAACAUGACAUGUACAGACCAAAAAUGGUCUUCAGUAUUUAUUAUAUAUUUUGCUGUUUGUUUGUUUGUUUGUUUGUUUGUUUGUUUGUUUGUUUUUCAAGUUGGUUGACCAAACUUAUUUAAAAUGAAGAUUUUGCUUGUCAUUUUUUGGUGUAAUUGAUAUUUUCUAGCUUUGCUUUCAUAAAACUUGGGUGAAAAAUUGCCAAAAAACGUGAUGGACAGGUAAAAUUUUGUCAGAUGCCAACGGUGUAUUUUUAUUUUUGAACACGUUCUGUAAAUAGUAAAAGACGUGUUUAUGAGCCUGACACUUUACCUUGUAGAGUUUACUAACGUUUACAACUGGACUAAAUAUCGUACUCGCUUUAUUGUUAAAGCUGUUUAGGAAAUAUCUGGAGUUGUGAUCAUGUGCCAUUAUCCAUUGCACAGUUAUGAUGAUUUAUAAUAAUGAACACAUUUUGAACACGUUAGGGUUUCAGAUCUACAGAUUAGAUUAGAUUUCAGAUCUACAGCACUACUUAUUCCUCAGUGAUUUAGCUUCAGUGUCUUUGCUUUAGCACCUUUUCAGUAAAAUGGUACUUUCCGCAUGUUCUUUGUGGAGAAAUCUUAAUGUGGGUAUGAUCCUAGAAUGUAAUAAGUGAUAUGUGUAGGUGUGUGUGUGUGAGUGUGUGUGUAAUUGUAAUUUGAUUUCGUUCUCAGAAUGGUCCAUCCUGUUUAUCUGACAUUUCUGUACUAUAUGGCCUGAAUGUUUUCUAUGCUUGUAAAUAUGUACGUAAUGAUAAAAUAAUUGUGUAGCAAAAAAUAAAUAUGUAGCUACUGUAAGUAACUGCCAACUGA